AUGCUCUUCGCCCUCAACGUCGCCGGCGGCCUCUCGAUGCGUCGCGACGGCACCAUCAACCGCUCCGUCUUCAGCCUCUUCGACCGCCGUGCCCGCGCCAGCGCGCGCCCGGACGUGCACGGCGUCCGGUCCGCUGACGUGGAAGUGGACGCGUCGCGCGGCCUGUGGGCGCGCGUGUUCUCGCUCCCCGUCGUGGUCUACUUCCACGGCGGCGCAUUCGCGCUGCUCUCCGCGGCCUCGGUCCCCUACGACGCCAUGUGCCGCCGGUUCUGCCGCGAGCUGGGCGCCGUCGUCGUGUCCGUCGACUACCGCCUCGCCCCGGAGCACCGCUGCCCCGCCGCGUACGAAGACGGCGUCGACGUGCUGCGGCACCUAGCGAACGCGGGGCUCCCCGACGGCGUCGCCGUCCCGGUCGACCUCUCCCGCUGCUUCCUCGCCGGGACAGCGCCGGCGCCAACAUCGCCCACCACGUGGCGCGGCGCUGGACGACGGCCUGAGUCGCGUCCUCCUCGUCCGUGCCGCGUUCCAGCCCAUUCUUCCUCGCGGGCGUCGUCCUGGUGCAGCCGUACUUGGGCGGCGAGGAGCGGACGGACGCGGAGGUCAGGCUGGACGGGAAGGUGCCGGUGGUGA